AUGAGUGGAGGAUCUCAAGUCCACAUUUUUUGGGGUGCUCCGGUUGGUCCAUUGAACAUGACAGUAUCAACGGAACCAGCUUCUUUAAUGUCUACUGAGAACCCCUGGAAAAAAAUUCAGCUUUUAUACCACCAACAUUCUUUACAUCUGAGGGAUGAAAACUGCACGCAUGAAACUCUUGAAGACUAUCCAGUUCUAGAAGCUAAUGGCCCUCUAGAUUUUCCUAGUGCUCAGUUUUUAACAAACCCUAUGGGUGAACCUAUUCAUGUGAAAGAAGACUCUAUAGAUUGUAUUUCUGAAACACAGACUGUAAAAUCCCAGGAGAGUCCCCCUUUAGGAGUGAGAGAGAGAACCAGCUCUGAUGUGCAAAUAUGUGGAUUUAAGGGCAAAGUUCAGCAUUUAACAGAAGAAGAAAAGUUUCAAAAUCUUCUCAGUGAAAAUAAGAAAAUUGCAGAUGGACAGCAUAAAGAUCAGUCAAAUACAUGUGGUCAGAACUUUCAGAAAAACUUCUUUCAGUUAGAUCAUAAGUGUGCAGCUACGCUAGAUUUGGUCUGUAGUAUGGAAAAGAUUAAUGUGGGGCUGGGAGCGAUUGAAAUGAAGUGUGGGCCAACAGAGCAUCAUGAGGUACAAAACCAGGGUCUGGAGUUCUUUUCCUCUGACACAGAAGAUAAGCCAAGGUCUGAAGCUGUUAGAAAGGUCGCAGACCUUAAAAUAUCUACGGAUACUGAAUUUCUUACUAUAAUGACCUCCAGCCAGGUUGCUUUUUUAUCUCAAAGGAAGUCUAAAGGACAGAAUUUUAUCAAUAAAGGGCCUGUAAGCGAACCAAAGGCAAGUCAUAGGGAAAUAAGAAUACUUGAAGAUAAUUUGACUCAGCCUAAUGAUGACUUUGCAGGAGGAUGUGAAAGUGGACAAAAUCAAGCACAUUCCCUUGAACUCUUUAGUCCUGUUUGUCCUGAAGCAAAAAGUAGCGACACUCACAUGAAGUCUGAUAAAAGUCUUGAAGAAAAUAGAGGACCUCAAGCACUGUUCAAUUUUGAAGACAAACUGCCACCCAGUGAUGUAUGUAUCGAGUCAUAUAGCUCAGGAAUGCUGUGUUCCCAACUAAAUACCUUCCACAAAAGUUCUGUUAAAAGAAGUUGGACCUCUGAAGACAAGUUGGGCCAUUCCAAAGCUCUGUCUAAAGUCCUCCAACCAUCCAAGAAAAUUAAGUUGGUCUCUGAUGCAGGAGAUCCUACUGCAACAAUGGACCAGAGGAAUGCGUCUAAAUUUAAGGGGAUUAAAAAAACAUCAUUAAUACAAAAUUGUGAUUCUAAGAGUCAGAAGUAUAAUUGUUUAGUCAUGGUAUUAUCUCUAUGUCACGUGAAAGAAAUAAGUAUAAAAUCUGGACCAAAUUCCGGCUCUAAAGUGCCUUUAGGAACAAUUGUGGUAACGGACCAGUCAGGAAUUAAGAAGAAGGUCUCUCUGUGGAGGGCUGCAGCAUUUUGGGCACUUAUAGUAUUUCCUGGAGAUAUAAUUUUGCUUACAGAUGUUACUGUUUAUGAAGAUCAUUGGAUUGGUGAGACAGUACUACAGUCAACAUUUACCAGUCAGUUAUUAAAUCUUGGGAGUUACUCAUCUGUCCAGUCUGAAGAGUACUCCAAUAUAGUUAAUGAUGUUGUACUUCGAGACUUACUGGCAUAUGUGUCUUCAAAACAUUCCUAUCUCAGGGAUCUUCCUCAGAGGCAGCCUCAGAAAAUGAACAGUAUAGAAUUUGUAGAUUUGGAGCAGCUACAGCCGGACGUAUUGGUCCACGCAGUACUAAGAGUUAUUGAUAUCACUGUGCUGACAGAGGCAUUAUACAGUUAUAGAGGACAGAAGCAAAGGAAAGUUAUGUUAACAGUGGAACAGGUCCAAGGUCAACAUUAUGUGCUUGUAUUAUGGGGUCCUGGAGCAGCCUGGUACCCUCAACUUCAAAGGAAAAAAGAUUAUAUUUGGGAAUUUAAAUAUCUUUUUGUUCAGCGCAAUGACAUCCUAGAAAGCCUAGAAUUGCAUACAACAUUUUGGUCAUCCUGUGAGUGCCUGUUUGACGAUGAUAUAAGGGCAAUUAGAUUUAAAGCAAAAUUUCAAAAAAGCAUGCCCUCCUUUGUGAAGAUGUCAGAUUUAGCAACACACCUGGAGGAUAAGCGUUCAGGAGUGAUUCUAAUCAAAGCCCAGAUUUUAGAGUUAGUGAUUCCUAUCCCAGCAGCUCAGAAGAUAGCUCUAAAUGCCCGCAGCUCUCUGAGGAGCAUCUUCUCUUCUCUUCCGGACAUUGUAUAUACUGGCUGUGCAAAAUGCGGAUUGGAACUGGAAACAGACAAGAACAAGAUCUAUAAACAGUGUUAUAGCUGCUUGCCAUUUACUCUGAAGAAGUUAUACUACAGGCCAGCUGUAAUGACCAUAGCUGAUGGAAUAUAUAAGGUUUGCAUCCACGUAGGAUCAAAGCUGAUCGAGAAGAUUCUUCUCAACAUUUCUCCUGACUGGCUCAACAGAGUUAUAGCACCUCCCUCAGAGAUCACCUACGCCAUGGUGGCCGCCGACUUGAUCCACUCGCUGGUGGCCGGCGGCGGCGCCCCUUGCGCGGUGAAGGCGCAGAGCCUCUUCGUGUUGGAUGAGAACAGCUGCCCGCUGCAACAAGAGUUCUCCCUACUGGAUUUUUAUCCCGACAGUGGCAAGCCUGUACCCAGUGCCCUCCUCUGAGACCGGAGGGGGAAGUGGCAGGUACUUCAAGGAAGAUGGCUGAACUGAUUUGCCUUUUCGAGAGAAAUGAAUGACAGGACUUUACCUGGGCGUUAAAAAAAAAAAAAAUAUAUAUAUAUAUAUAUAUAAUAUGUAUAUAUAUUAAAAUAUAUUUAUAUAUAUAUUUUUAUAAAGAGAAUUGUAUUAAAUGUAUAAAUUAAAACUUUUUUUCUAGGAACAUUCUGUGAGGUUUUCUGUCUGUUGUUUGGUCUUUUCCUUUCCUGCUUCUAGAGGAAGUAUCUGGCAAUAAAGGCCAUAUGUAGCACCUCCCUGGGAAGCUCACUCUGUUGGUCCCUGCUCCAUUCCAGCGCUCUACUAAGGACCCAGGACACAGACAAAAGACAUUUCCUCGGGAGUGGCUUUCUGUCAUGCUCACAAACUCUCAGCGCUUUCCCUUUAAU